AUGAGUUCUACCUCAGAUUCCCCCGUUAUCACUCCAUCUACUCCCUCUGAUCCACUUCCUUUACGCAGCUGCGACUUUUGCCGCCAGCGAAAAGUCAAAUGCGAUCGUCAGAAGCCUUGCUCCAACUGCCUCCGCGCGAAUAUCGGAUGCUCAUAUCCCGCUGGUCGUGGUAGAGCUGCUAAACGGUCUGCUCGAACGCUAGAUACGCGUCUUGUCGAUCGGCUUCAAAAACUGGAAAACAUCAUCAAGCAGCUUACCAGUCAAGUCGAUGGCACAACCAAUACUUCAAGGUCCAUUGAUAAUAUACGCAAAGUCGACAAUGGACCUUCCCAAGGGGCUGCUACCGAACACUCUCACAAGUCGGAUCGUUCAAGUCCAGAUGCUUCUAUCGACCAGCAACUGGGUCGCCUGAUGAUAGAUGAUAGCAAGAGCUACUACGUCAGUAACAUCUUGUGGGCCAAUCUUGGGAAUGAAAUCGAAGAACUACGCGACAUGCUACACGACCCUCUGUCUGAAGACGACGUCAGCAACCCUAUUGAUGUAUCUAAGCCCCUGCCUGAAGUGGCCUCACCUCUUGGAACAAGCGCUUCAGUUCUGGGGUUUCGAUCUCUCUGCCAUUCUCUUCUUCCCUAUCACCCACCUACGCACCUAUCUGUGACUCUCCUGAAUCUCUUCAUCGAGAAUGUUCUCCCACUGGUACACAUCUUUCAUAUGCCUACCACGGAGCAGUGGUUUUGGGAUUCCAUCGUCUCACUCGACACACUCGAUAGAAAUACGGAGGCUUUGCUGUUUGCUAUCUACUACUCGGCAGUUAUCAGCAUGAAUGAGGAUCAGUGCUUGGGUGUCCUUGGGGAGCCACGUUCUGGCUCGCUUGACAAGUUCCGCUUUGCAGUUGAGCAAGCUAUGGCCCGCGCGAACUUGUUGAACACGCAAAGUCUCAUUCUCCUACAAGCUGCUGUUCUAUUCCUAUCAGGGUUACGAAACGAAGAUGAUUCCAGAACGACAUGGUCCUUGACUUCACUCAUCUUUCACAUCGCCCAAUCUAUGGGUCUACACCGCGACGGAACAACCUUUGGUCUCAAGCCAUUCGAUACCGAACUACGGCGACGGCUAUGGUGGCAUAUAUGUCUACUAGACAUGCGCUCCUCUGAGUUUCACGGCUAUGAACCUAUAGUUUGCGGGGACAUGUUUGACACAAAGCUUCCUCUCAACAUCAAUGAUAACGAUAUCACUCCCCAUAUGAUGGAAGCCCCUAUAGAACAUGCAGGACAUACCGAAAUGACCUUCUGUCUCAUCCGUUGCGAGGUGAUGAGAGCUGGUUGGAGAGUGGGAUAUGCGUCUCCAACGCCGAACUCUACAACAGGUGCAACGCUAGAGGUUCGUGAAGCAGUGGUUCAAGAUCUUAAGGAUCGAUUGGAAGAGCGGUAUCUACGCUAUUGCGAUGACUCUGCACCCUUCAUGUUGUUCACAUCCACGGUCGCGCGUCUAAUCAUUGCACGGACCUGGCUUGUUGUGCACUAUCCCGGCAAGCAGAAGGAAGAUUGCGGUUCAGCAAUGAGCGAGCCAGCUCGGGAUCGCUUGUUUGCAACUUCGAUGGAGAUUCUUGGGCUCUCUACCGUUAUCUUGACAAACAGUAGUAUCUCAAAGUGGACGUGGCACUCUAAAACUCACAUUCAGUGGCACGCGGUCAUCUUCGUUCUCUCUGAGAUCUGCUCUCGUCCAGCUUCGACGGAAUGCGAUCGAGCAUGGGAGUUUAUCAACACGGUUCGUAAUCGCUGGAAUAUGAACGAGAGUGGUAAGAGGGGCAAUCUGUGGAGGCCGAUUCAAAGACUUAUGGUCAAGGCUCGUUAUGUACGGGAGAUGCAACAGCUGGAUCCGGGCUUUUGUCUUGCUGGAAGGUCUGGACCGGUAUUAACAGAUACUACUUUAACGCCAGCUGCAGGAAUCAAUCAGGCUAUCCCGAAUGUAUACAUGCCUGGUGUUGCAAGUCCAAAUGAGUACAUAGACUGGAUGCUUGGAGAUCUCGGAAUAGACCUGUAUGGUGGAAUGAUAGACAGGCCCAGCUGGGGCUAA